AUGAGUACUAAUAUACAACCAUCAUCAACAGCCAUAUUUGGUUUAGAUACACGUUUAAUACGGUAUGGUUCAAUAUUUCUUCUUAUCGUUGGUACAUUCGGUAAUAUUGUUUCAUAUAUUAUAUUUUCGUAUGGAACAUUACGUAAAUCAUCAACAUUUCGUUAUCUUGCAUUACUUUCAUUAAUGGAUUUAUUAGUUUUAUAUUCAGGUUUACUUGAUUUAUUUCUUAUGACUGAAUAUGGUGGAACAUUUUCUUUAAGAAAUUUAAAUCCAGUAUCAUGUCGUUUACAUACAUUUAUUACAUAUUGGUCUCAACAUUCAUCAUCAUGGAUUUUAUCUUUUAUAUCUGUUGAUCGAGCUGUAGCAACAAAUUUUAUAAAAUUUGCAAAAAAAUUUUGUACACCUCGUUCAGCGGAAUAUAUUGUUGGAAUUAUUUUAUUACUUACUGCUUUACUUAAUUGUCAUGAACUAAUAUUUCUUCGUUUACAACAUGAUACAAAUUCCAUUGAAUAUCAUCAAAAUCAAACAAUUGUUACAGCACACGAAUCAUUGAUUUUAAAUGAAUCGGAUAUAAAUAAUAAUUUAAUACAAAAACGUAAUACUCAAUCAAUAUUUUCAAUCUGUGAUAAUUCUCAAUGGAAUUCAACUUGUUUAAGAAAUAAACGAGAUUUAUCUGAUUUAAAUAUAACAACAACAACUAUCGUUCCAUUCAAAACAAAACUAACUGAUAAGAAAUGUGAAGCUUUACAAGGUAGUCGGUAUGAAUUUUUUUGGGAUCAUGUAUGGGAAUGGAUUGACGUAUGUCUAUAUGCACUUAUUCCAUUUACAGUUAUGAGUAUUGGAACAUUUCUUAUCGUCUAUCGUGUUUAUUAUCAACAACGACGUGUAUUUCGUUCACGUCGUUCAGGAGCAAAUAAUCCAUUGGGUACAACACCAAAUAAAGCCAAAAGUUUAUUCUAUUUAUUAUUUACAUUAAAUUUACUUUAUUUUAUUCUUGUAAGUCCAGUUGUAUUUGUUACAACCAUUUUAUUUCGUAGCCGUGAUGAAGAAGGAGCGUAUCCACGUUUUAAAGCUAUUAUUUAUUUAAUGCAAUAUUGUAAUCAUUCAUUAAAUUUUAUUUUUUAUGGAAUUACAUCACCACCAUAUCGACGAACAUUAUGUGAAUGGUUUCUAGUUUUAUUUCCACAUUUACCACAAUGUUGUCAACGAACCAUUCGACAACGAUCAAAAUCAGUUCGACUUGAAAAUAUUAAUCUCACACAAACUAAUAAAAAUCUUAAAAAAGCCAACAGGUUAAACACUAUGAAACAAACAAAUCUGACAAUAAUGGAUAAUAAUACACAUAGAGAAUCAGUUUCUUUAGUACCGAGAUAG